ACCAUCCUUAUACGAUCGAACCAAAUGUUUUGCACUAGAAUAAUUUAAACAGCUAAUUAAAUUAGCACUAGUACAGCUUUUCUUUAUAAAUGAAAUGAUUACUUAGACUCUGUUAAUAUCUCAAUAUGUUAUUAUAAUAUGCCAAAUAUUAGGCCAAGUUUCCAUCUUAUUGUUUCCAUACACUUAAUGCAAAGUUUACUACUUUUUUCAAAUGAACACCCUUCGGCGAAGAAAUAAUUCAGAUUCAGAGUUCAGAUCAGUUCCAGCUGACCAUCUUAAGUUUCACACUACUAACAAAAUCCAGUAUCUUGAAACUGAUAUGGCUUGUCGUGAUAGAACUGUGGAAUUCAAAUCAGUUGUUAAGAACAAGGAAGGAAGAUUGAAAGAAAAAUAUGUUCCUGUGAGGGGAAAGCGACACAUAAAAAAUUUAGAGCAGUGGACCCAUUUUAUGCAAACAGCAAAUCAAAUUGGAAGAGACUUGGCCAGUACAUAUGCAAAACUUGAAAAACUGACAGUUUUGGCUAAGAGAAGAAGCUUAUUUGCAGAUAAGCCAGUUGAAAUUGAAGAACUGACUUAUGUUAUUAAGCAAGACAUCAACUCUCUGAAUAAGCAGAUUGCUCAGCUUCAAGAAUCAAAAGCUAGAAAUAACAGUCAUGGAAAGCAUAUGCUUCAUCAUUCAAAUUCUAUUGUGGUGUCUCUGCAAUGUAAGCUUGCCAAUAUGUCAAGUAAUUUUCGUGAAGUUCUGGAAGUAAGAACAGAAAAUUUAAAGCAUGAGAAGAGUCGUCGGGAUAAAUUUUCAGGAUCUAAUGGAACUACUACAGGAACUUUACCGUCUGCUAUAUCUGGUCAAACUAGAAGUGUUUUACUGUCUGAUGAAUCUGUAAGUUCACAUUCACAUCAAAAUGAUGAAUGUGCUAUAAAUAUUGAUAAUCAGUACCAACAGCAGUUACAACUUAUUGACGAACAGGAUGCAUAUAUACAGAACCGUGCUGAUACAAUGCAGAACAUUGAAGCAACAAUUGUGGAGUUAGGUACAAUUUUUCAACAGUUAGCACAUAUGGUUAAAGAGCAAGAAGAAAUAGUACAGCGCAUUGAUGCCAAUGUUGAGCAGUCUGAAAUGAAUAUCGAAGCGGCUCAUUCCGAAAUUUUGAAAUAUUUUCAAAACGUUACAUCAAAUCGUUGGCUAAUGAUUAAAGUCUUUGCAGUGUUAAUAGUAUUUUUUAUUAUAUUUGUAGUCUUUGUUGCUUAGGCAUUAAAAAUUUUAGGAAAUAACUGACAUUUAUAGCUCAUAUUACAUUUCUGAGCAGUAUGCAUUAAGAUUCAUACUGCAUUAUUCCUGCAUAUUAUAUAUGCUGUGAGUAUUUGUUUCACACCUUAUAAAAUGUGUAUAUGUAUAUAAGAGAACAAAUUUUAAAAUACUCAGAAAUUUGGAUAUUUAUCACUUAUUAAGUAUUAUGUAUAUGCAAUACUCAUUUUUUUGCAAAAUGUCUCAAUAAAUACUC